AAAUGAGAAUCGUGCUAGUGUUAUUGAUUAGCUUGGUAUUUUAGGUGAUUAUAAUUUAGGCUUUAAGUAAAAUGGCCGCAGAUCCAAAAGUUGUACUUGCAGAAAUAGAUGGUAAUCACAUGGGAAAAACUUUCUUGAAUGCCAUCUAAAUUAGUCUUGCCACAGGCUCACCUGUACAUGAAAUCUAAAGUUAUAUCAAUAAUAUCAGGUAAUAAGAAUGUUAUACCAAGAUUUAUGUUAGAGUAAGAAUAAAAAGACUCAGAUCUUUAUAUCUAAAAUACAUAAGCAUCAUGUAACAGAUUGCUCCAUGACUUUUCAACUAACUUAGCAUAUCAUCAAAGUUAAUUGAAAGCUCAUAGUAAAAUCGUUGAUGAAAAUACAAACAAUUUGUAAAGAUCCUUAAACAAAAUUGCAGAAGUCUCUGUUGAGAUUGAGGAAAAUUCAAAGAAAACUAAUGCAGGGUAAAGCGAAAGAGACUUAUAAUAUGCUGAAUUUUAAUCUAAAAUUAAGGAUCACACAGAAGCAAUAGCAGCUAUUGAUGAAGCUUAUGCAUUGAUUGAACAUCUAUCUGGAGGAUCUUCAUUUAUUUAAGUUAAAGGAAGAUUUAAUAAGGUUUUGUCCAGAUUAUAAAGGUAAAUUUUAUGGUUUUUGAUUUUUAGUUAAUCAACUUCAAGUGGAUUGUUAUUCUAACCAAUCCUAACAAUGAUGACUUAAUUAUCAGCAAAAUCAGAUUCUGAUACAGCAAAGAAAGUCUUGUAAUUGUUGUCCAACUUGAGGGUUUAAAUAGUUGAAAGCAAAUCAAGUGAUGAAGAUAUUGAAAAAUAACAAAGUUUAAAUUGGUAAUAAUUCUUAUCUGACUUAACUAACGAGAGAAACACCUUGUAUUUUAUUGUAAUCAUCAAAUUUAAGGUCUGAUUAAAGAUAAAAUCUAGAAUAAGCCAUCUUGAAUUAUUAAAGCAUUAUUGAAGAAUCACAAGGCAAAGUGGAAUAUCAUGCAGCUGAAGUUGAGAGAAAUUAAGUAUAUCAAUCUAAUAUAAUUCAAAAGUCCAAUUUAGAAGGUUAAGAUCAAUGGUGCAGAUAAUAAUAAGACAUCUAUUAGAUGGAAACCUAAGCAAGAGUUCAAUUACAAGAUUUGAUUUCCAGAAUCUCAGAUCACAUCUAAGACAAGAUUGUUACUCUUAAGGAAUAUCUUAGAGAAAGGCUCUAAUUAAAUUGAGAUU